GGCAAAAUAUCCACAUGUACUUUUUUUUAUAUAAAAACGCUUAAAUAUUAAUCUUGACUAACAAUAUAGCAUUAAUUGAAUUCAAAACAAAUUUAUUGCAGCGCAGAAUAAUACUGGGACCCCGAUUUUUUUGCUGCUGUAAAAUAUGUCAAGGGAUGUUGAAAUAAGAUUAAAUUUAAAAAUAUAUGUUUUUUUCAGUAAAUAAAAAUCAAUUAAUACAUAAAAUGUAGUUUCCUGUGUGUUUGUGUAUGUGUGUAACAGGGGAGUGGGUAACACUGAAGACACCACCCAACUAUGUCGGCAGAGGGAGGCGGCGCGAGCGCGCGCGUGUGUGAGCUGGGAUGCUUGCUUCAGCACCACGGACAGCUCCUGUGCAGAGCGCAGCCGGCGCGGGAGGAUCUGCGCAGCUUGGACAAUGAAAGCAAAUGAAUUCGGAAAUUGGAUACUUUUUGUUUUUAUUCCCUCUACUGGAAAUAAACACAUUUUUUUAUUUUAGUAACCAGUCGUUUGUAAUGACAGUACUCCAUCAGAGUGACUAAAGUCUGUCAAAUUUAAUCCUAAUCUCAAUCUGAAAGGAGUUUCAAAUGUAAGCGAGAAGGCAGCAUUAGUAAAUCGAUUUUAUUCUAAAAAUGUUUAUCUAAGUUGCUCACUUUUUUCGUCGUUGGGCGCGUGCGCCAGCUGGAAAAUACUCCCGGAGCCAAAUGUCCGCAGAGGAAGUUUCUCUUUCAGAAGAUGCAUUAGGCUUCUUUCAGCCUCCUCGUCCCUCAUCAUGCUGUUUUCCCAGAGGCUACGACAGUCCUGUGUGAGCCUUUGAUGCGCCAGGAUCCAUUUAGCCUCACUGAUUCUCCGCUCGAACUCACACAGAAGUCGUUCACAAAGGGACAUCACUAUCUCAGUGGAUUAAUAUAUUUGUAUUUUUGCGAGAUGAAGUUGAAGGCUGUGCGUCACGAGAGCUGGAGACACGGUUUGCGCAACUUUUGACACCCGAUUCCCUCCCUUCAUUCAUUCUUUGGAGACUUGAGUGUUGAUGACAGAAACGAUGGCGCUGAGUGUGAAUUGCAGGACUAACCCCAAAGAGCAGGCGUCCGUCCAGAACAGCUUCCCAGAUGUGGUGGAGUUGAACGUGGGAGGGCAGGUGUACUACACGCGUCACGCAACUUUGGUGAGCACCCCCAAUUCAUUACUAGGCAAGUUAUUUUCCUCCAAAAAAGACGCAUGUAAUGAUUUAGCCAGGGACCCCAAGGGUCGCUACUUCAUCGACAGGGAUGGCUUUUUGUUCCGAUACGUGCUGGACUACCUCCGGGACAAGCAGGUCGUCCUGCCGGACCACUUCCCGGAAAAAGGGAGGCUCAGGAAGGAGGCUGAGUACUUCCAGCUGCCCGAUUUGGUGAAGCUCCUGACCUCUGAGGAUGCCAAGUUCAGCCCGGAUGAUUACAUCCUCAGUGACUAUGAGGAUGGCUCGCAGGGCAGCGACCACCGGCAGUGCCCCCCGCCCUCGCUCGUCCCCGCGGACAGAAAGAGCGGCUACAUCACGGUGGGGUACCGGGGGUCGUGCACCGCGGGCCGGGAGAGCCAAACCGACGCCAAAUUCAGGAGGGUGCCCCGGAUACUUAUAUGCGGAAGGGUGGCCCUGGCCAAAGAGGUGUUUGGGGAGACUCUGAACGAGAGCCGGGACCCGGACAGGACGCCGGAUCGCUACACCUCCCGGUUUUACCUGAAGUUCAAACACCUGGAGAGAGCGUUCGACAUGCUGUCGGAGUGCGGCUUCCAGAUGGUGGCGUGCAACUCCUCCGUCACAGCCUCGUUUGUCAACCAGCACACCGAGGACAAAAACUGGUCCAGCUACACUGAAUACGUCUUCUACCGUGGUGCAUCACGUUGGUCGUCCCCUCCAUGUGACUGCUGCUGCAAGAACCACAAGGGUGACGGCGAAGGCGAGAGCGGCACCUCCUGCAAUGAUCUUUCCACCUCCAGCUCUGAGAGCCAGUCGGAGGCUAGCUCCCCCCAGGGAACUGUCAUCUGCGGUCCAGUCAGUCGUCAGUCACACCCGCACGCCAAGGUCCAGACCCUAGAUAGACCACCAAAAAAAGGCCCUGUCACCAUGCUUCAGCAGUCGGAACAGCGACGGAAGAGUGACUUGCUGCGCACUCUUACAGCCAGCUCCCGUGACACCAGCUCCUCCAAGAAAAGGCCGGCGAAAGAGAAGCUAACAGUCGAGGAGGAGCUCGAAAAGUGCAUUCAAGACUUCCGCAAGAUCAAGAUCCCGGAGAGAUUUCCUGAGAGGAAGUACAUGUGGCAGGCUGACCUGCUGAGAAAGUACCGCCUCUGAGCCUGGACAGCGGAGACAGGAGGGAAGCAAACUCACGGCCAAGGAUCAGUUUAUGUGUUUUUUUGCUCAUGACUUUUACAACAGGUUUCUGGAAGACAAAAGGAGGAUAAAAAUCUUCACAGAAACCAAACAGAACCCUAUAAAACGAUUGUUGAUAAUAUGUAGUAUGUAUGUGAGUACGUAGUUUAGCCCGUGUGUAUAGCGUUGGUGCGUGCUGUAAACCACAGAAUGCAUUAGGACUUCACUGACUCCAUGGGACCAAUGCCAGUGCAGCCAACUGAUGAUCUGUCAAAGGGAACAUUUGGUGUUACUGGUGGCUACUGGACUGCACAAAUUGUAGCAUGUCACCAUAUCACUAAAAAAAAAAAAAAAAAGAACACACUUAUCACCACAUUUUUGUUCCAAAAACACGCUGAUCGAGUGUGAGAAUGUGUGAUAACAUGUCUGUUUCCAGUUGGCCUGGAAAUCACAGAUAGAUCUGCAUCUGGACCUGUUAUCAUUUCAGGGAAAUCCAACACAACUAACUCUAGAGAUCUCUGCAGCCAUGGCACAAACAGCUGAGUUGAUUGCUUUACUUUUUAGGUAACAUUUGGGGACCACAAAGGCAGGAGGAGAAACGAUUUCAUCAGCAUCUCAAUUACUUUUCUUCUUCGGAUAUUAGUUAUGUUGCCAAGGUUUCCCCGAGAGAGCGUCAAACUGCUGCACAACGCUUUGAUUUUUCGCUGUGUUGACUGGAUAUUGAGUAUGAGGGUUAAGUGAAAGAAUAGUCCAGCUAUAGGGGGGAGUAGAAGGUCAAAACAACUCAGCAGAAAGGUCAGUCAUAAGAACACAGCUUUAGUCACUUAUACUUGAUAAAAAUAAUUAUUCUCACACAAUCUUGAGAUAAUUUAAUCCUUGUUACCACAGUAUAGAGAGAAAGAGGCCGUCCUGCUGCAUUUGUCAACACAAAUGCUUUCCUCAGCACACUGUCUGCUGACAGGCUAGUCAAUAUUUAUUGAUGAUGGCUCAGUUGAUGGACCUAGCGUAUGGCUUUUAACAAGUAAAAAUGAAGCACUUGGGUGCUUGAAAAAGACAAGCUGCCCAUGGUGUUAGGGAAAAUUAGCUUUUAUCGAUGUUUUGUUUUUACAGUUCUGGUUCUGUGGGAGACGACGGCAAACAGCAUGUUUAAAAGAGCCACUAGGAAGCACAAUUUCUGUAUAGUUUGUAGAUUGUUGUUCUGUUCAAAAAUAUACUGAUGACAAAUUCAUGACAGAAUGUAUAGGGCAAAAAAAAAUCAUACUUCAUGAACAAUUUAUGAGUUUGACGUUUUUUCUCCAUAGUUUUAAAAUUAAAUUCUAUUGUCAAAUUAAAAAUAUUCAAAGGUUAGCAUUUUUUUAGUCUUUUUUCAGCACAUCCCUCUAAAUACUAAAGAUUUUACAGUUAAAUUCAGUGUGCAAUAGAAAUACUAUUUAAAUAAACUAUUGCUAAACUAUCAGAAAAUGCAUUUUAGUAAACCCAAAAGCACAGAGAAUCUAUAAACUCAGCAUCUGUAGGCACAAGACAUGAAAGCUCUUUCAGGAAUAAGCAAAGUGGAGCUGAGAGUAAUAGUAAUUUUGAUGUAUAAGAACAGCCUUUAUUCAAAAAUGUAUAUAUGAAGAGUUCAAACCAGUUAAAGAAAUGUUUUAAAGUUGUAGAAACUAAAAUUUAGAGCAAACACAACUGAGAGAAAGUGAUAGAUUAAGAGUCAUUAAGAGUUUAUGGACAAAAAAUACGUUAAAAACAAAAAAAUAUAUUUAUUAUAGUUAUUUUUCUAUCUAAAGCCCUUUACUUUAAAUAUUAAAGCAAAAGCCUUUAAAUUGUCCCCCCAAAAAUGUAUCUGCUGUAAAAGAAGCUCCUAUUCAGUUUUAUUCUUUGGCGCCCAUCUGUCUGCUAUUGUGUAUUUUAGUUUAGGUUACAGUAAAUCGCCGCAGUAGGUGCUACAACCGUUCUCCUCAUGUCAAUACAAAGGAAUAUGACUUAUUUUUCUACACAACUGGGAUAUUACAUUUUCACCUUUAAGCAAUUUAUCAAAUCCGUUGAAACUGAAAUAUGUUAUUUUUACACGACAUAUCAUGUAAAUAAACCCCAUAACUCAUACCCAAGCGGACCAAUGUAAUAUAGUGUAAGAUGCAAAUCCAGCAGCCUUUGCUGCUUCUCUGAUCUUGGGUAUGCAGAAGAUGAGAAUGGCCACUUCAGCGAAUAUUUUUCUUUUUUUCUAAGAUUAUGACUUAAUAAUUUGUUACUAUGAAAUAAAAACGGUUUUCUGAAGAUAAUGGAAUAAAAUUAUGGCUCAUUUUCUCACAAAAAAAUAUAAAUCUUUUUCUCCAGAAAAUGAAAACUUUAACUUGUUUGGAGAUCAGUAAAAAAAAAAAAAAAAAAAAAAAAAAACACUUCAAUUAGUUCAAGAUGUGAGCUAAAACACAGGAUCAUCACUAAUUGUUUAAUUAUUGACUACCUUAUUUGUGGGGAAAUUCAGGCACAACUUUUACUAAGUUAAACAACUUUGAGAAGAUUAGUAAAAUACAAUCAUCUCCAAUAACCUUUUUGUUUGUUUUCUCAACAUUCAAUAUUCUAAGAUUUAAUACUAGCCAUGAUUUGAUCCUGUUAUCUUGAGUAAACAGGUCUUAUGACCCACUCCACUGAAAUUUCUGCUUUUUCUUUAUGCUGAUGGUGGACCUACAUAAGUAAAAUAAAAGAGAUUGCUCACCAUUUUGGCUUCCCUGUUAAUGUUCAGUUGAUUUUUUGAGGAGUUGUAAGCUGGCAGGAGAGAGUGUAAACAUAUGGAUGAUGGGGAGUGGGGGGAGACUUACUCCACGAGUCAAGUUUCCUGCUGCUCUGCAGAAACUAUGUCAUAGAAGAUGACUGAUUUUAAACUUUGGCUAAAAAUUGUAUAAUUAUAACAAUAUAUUGUUACGUCCCCAAUGGGCAAAUCUGCCACGAGUCCAGGGGAUAAAAACAAAAGUGGACAGUAACAUAAAAACUGGACACCAAGGGUAAAAGGAACUCAGUUUAAUAAAUAAAAAAAUAGCUUGCUGGUUCAAGCAACAACACAAAAGGGAUUGGAACCUUGGCCAAACAUAAAAUAAGUCAUGGAGACUGCUGACCCAGCCAUGUCAACUGUCUGAGUCAGCAACUCCUGCUAACAAAAAUCUACCUAAAGAAAACAAAUAAACAAAGCUGGAAAAUCAAGACUACAAAGGUCCAACCCCAAACUAAAAUAACAAAACCCAGCAGUGUAAGACUACUGAGGACAAAAAGGGAAAAAACCCAGCUGCCUCCUGUCCUGCUCCCUGCCUGGCUGAGUGAGGCCUUCUCCAUCUUGAAUGGUCAGCUGGUGCCAAAACCAACAAACACUCAAAAUAUAACCACAGUGGGACUUUAAUAAACGGAAAAAUAUUCGCAAACAUGGCCAUUGUCGUCUUCCGUAAACACUACUACUACACAUUUGAUUUAUUUAUUUAUUUUUUUGAGAGAGAGAGAGAAGAUAGAAAACAUGCAUGCGACGAUAUAUUUUAACACCUGUGGCAAAUAAUAUAACUUUUUUAAAACUGGGAUCCAGAUUUAGUGUUGCAAAUAGGAGUUCCUGGUCACUUAAGAAAGAACAUAACCUGAUUAUAAGUACUGAGACUCUUCAAUACUAUCAUGUCUGCUUCAGUUUCACAUACAAAAACUAAUAAUAAUGUCAAAAGCAACAAAAGAGGUCUGGGUGUAUAGCAAUGAUUGCAAUUCCUCAAUGCUAACUUGAUUAUGACACCAAUAAUUUGGCUUGUUUCUGAGUCCUUUCAUCAGAGAAGGUCACACUGAAAGGAGCCAACAAUCAAAUUAAGAAGUCUAAAGUAAUUUCACUCUCAUAAUGAACAUGAUCGCUAUUUUUCAACACAUUAACACGCCUGUCCUUUGCAAUGCUAACAUAUAGCUGCAGGAAAUCAAGUAGUAAAAAAAAAAAGCAACACGGAAAUACAGACAAAGCGCCUUAAGUGCUUUGUGCGUUGAAUAAAAUAUUCAAGUGCUUGAACGGGUGAGAGCACCACACUGGUGUGAGGAGUCAAAUGGAACUCAUAAAUGGAAAAAUUAAUGGAAAAAAUGUACCAGAACAGAUUGUUUUUAGGUCAGUAGUAAAUAUUGGUUUAUGUAAAUGUUGCAAUUGAUGGAAAAUCCCAUUUUAAACUGGACUUUGACAUAGUUUAUGAACAUUUAGCUUAAACCUGAAAAACAAAGCUAUACUAUACUAUCUUUAGACAUUACACACAUUACUGAUACAUUUUUGUUUGUAUAGUCUAACAGUAAGUUUGGAAAAAUUAGAAAAUUAAAUAUUUAUUUAUAACUGCACCAAAUACUAACACAAAAUCUAUAUAAAGCUGUAUGUUUGGACAAAACAAAUGCAUUGUGGGUGGCAUUUUAAUGUAUAAUAUUGUUUUUUUUUUUAGAGUCUUGUACUUUUCAAUUUGAAAUCCAGCUAAAAUGUGGUUGUAAGAUGAUGAAUUGUGUCUGCCUGACUCUGCCUGCCUUUUUUUAGAACUGUACUGGGUAUAUUGUUCCCUCUGUGAGCAAAACAAGGUCGGUCACGCAAGUCUAUAAUGACCAGCAUUUUCAUGCUAAUGAACAGAGGGAGAUGAUAGAAACCAAGACACCUGGUGGCCUUUUUAGAAUUAACUACAGUUCUUUUUUGCACAAUGUAUAUAGAGUAGUAAAAAAAAAAUAAGAAAAAAAACACAAACAAGGAAGUAUUUAAAUCAGUCAUGCACAACGCAGCCACAGCUCUGUCCGUCGCAAUCAAAGGGUUUGUUUCAAAAUGGGCUGAAGUGAACAUUUCUUUUAUUCUGGGAGUUAUUUGGCCAAGCGUAAAAAACAAUUUAUGUAAAUUUCACUAGUUACAUUUUUUUUGAAAGUGAGAUGUUUUUCUAUAUGAAAGCAAAAUUCUGAAAUGAUGUGACAUUCAUCUGUUUAUGUUGUUCCAGAGUGCCCCCCUCUUAUAUUUGUUUUCCACUAAAGCUAUGGCCUGCUAGAGUAGCAAAUAUACACGACUGGAGCCCGUCUUUAUUUAUUUUUUCUUUAGUCUUAUGAAUCUGCCAACCAUAAAAACCAUCCUGACAUCCUCCUGGCAGAUCUGGAACUCAUCGUUUCAAACAAAGGGCCUUUUUUAAUGUAUGUUAAUGUGGCACAUAAAGACACACAAAAAUGAAAAUAAAAAAUAAUGUGAGCAUGUUGGUAUACAAAUCUUAUAACAGAUCUAACUUAGUCUGUUCUUGUGAAAAAGAUCUUUUUCAGAACUUUUACUUGACAAAGAAAAGAAAUCAGAGCAGAGAAAAAAAGAUAAGCACAAGUGUGUUGAUAUAUUUGCUGUUCUUCAACAAGUAUGUAAAAAAUAUCAGAUAAAAAGUAAACUGCGAUGUAACCAAUCUCUUGCAAAACACAGCAACUCUUAUCUGAAGGUUAUCGGAAAACUUGCUGAAUAAAAACAUCUGGGUGGAAAUAUUGUUUUUCUGACUGUAGGAUUUGCUGAAACCAGUUGAUCUUUUUUUCUUAUUUUUCUGAUCUUUGAACUUUGAAGACACAACACAGAUUUAAUGUUCAAUGUGAAAUAGCCUGAAACCAGUGGUGAGAGUUGCUUUGUAUUCUAGGUGUGACGUCAUGUUUCUAUGUCUGCCUUUAGAGACAGUACAAAACUCAUCUGAGAGUCUUUAGAUAGGAAGCAUAGAGUCAUUUCAGAAAUGUGUGAAUACAACCAAUAAACAACACAUUCUCUACAGUGAUCCAUGAGUCACUUUGUGCUCAAAAUAAAGUGGUUAUGUCAAUGCUUGAA